GCCGGGUGCCAACAAAACGACCUGGCGCGAUGGCUAAACAGGAAGAUCCGUCGCCGACCCUGAGCUGGGGACUGGAGUCUGCCUCGCGCAGGCAUCGAAAACGGGAUAAAUCAUAGAUGGCAAUCUCAUCGUCGCCGGCAGCGUCGAAGGGCAUUGUGGUAACGGUGCCGGCUCUGGUUCUCUCUGCCUUAGUGGCCGCUAUUUUCCUCUUCUUCCUCUUGUCAACUCUCUCUUCUUGCUCUUGCCCUUCAGCUACUGACACCCCUAUUUCCAGUGGCAACGGUUUUCAUAAUGAUAUCGCAGGGACUUUUGGCGGCAAUAGUCUCUUUUCGACGACGAAGGAGGACGUAGAGUGGGUUAAAUAUCAGAUCCAGUUGAACGGGCUUCAUAUGCAUGAUAACGUGCUCCGCAAGGGCAUUAACCCUCGCACUAGGGCUCAGCAACUCGAGGAUCUUAGACAAUUCAAGGGCAUAUCACACUAUGAGGGACCUGAAUCAGAUAACCACACUGCACUGCCUUGCCCGGGGGAGCUCCUGGUUGAAGAGCACCACAGCAACUAUGGUGAGCCCUGGGCAGGUGGAAGAGAUGUGUUUGAAUUUCUUGCUCAGUCCUCUCUUCUCAAACCAGACUCCCGUGUCUUAGAGAUUGGUUGUGGUACUCUCCGAGUUGGCUUGCAUUUUAUUCGGUUCUUAAACCCAGAACGCUUUCAUUGCCUUGAAAGGGAUGAGCUCUCCCUUAUGGCUGCAUUUAGGUAUGAGCUUCCCUCCCAAGGCCUCUUGAAUAAACGCCCUUUGAUAGUGAAGGGGGAGGACAUGGAUUUCAGUAAGCUUGGCUCUGGAGUCAUGUAUGAUUUGAUAUAUGCUAGUGCCGUAUUUCUUCAUAUGCCUGAUAAGCUUGUUUGGGUUGGGCUGGAGAGGUUAGCCACUAGGUUGAAACCUUAUGACGGACGAAUCUUUGUAUCACACAACAUAAAAUUCUGUUCACGACUGGGUGGGGAAGAAUGCACUAAGAGGCUCAUGGAUUUGGGGCUUGAGUAUCUAGGGAAGCAUACUCAUGAUAGUUUGCUCUUUAAUCACUACGAGAUAUGGUUUGAAUUUAGGCGCUCGAAGGCUUAAUUGUAAUAGAAGCUCAAGAAGUAGCUCCCAAUCGUCUGAGUGCACUCAUUGUGCUUUUGCUCUGAAUGCCAUUUAUCGGGCAACUCAGUGAUACGUUUGGUGGGAGAUUGUAGAGUUGACAUGUCUUAUAGUCAUUGGCACAUCUAAAUGUGCAGGCAAGUCAACCUUUUUGCACGUGUUUCGAUAGAGAAGAAUCAUCAUGAUUUUGACGAAGGCUCCUCAGAAAGCAGGAAGACGAGUUACAAUAUUGGGGGUGAAAUUGUGGAAAGGCUCGGUUUUUUUUCCUUUAAAUUUUUUUUUUUGACAUUGAUAUAAAAAUGUAAUUUAGCUUUCAUUAUAUUUUGCAACUGACGUUAACUCUAAAUCGUGUAUUGUAGUGAGUGACAUUGAGUGAGUUGUAUCUAGUUAUAACUUUUCUCAA